CCUGCAACAAAUAUUUGUCUACUGAGCGUCUUUAGUGCUCUAUAGUGUUCCCCCUACUGUUACAAAUCUUCCAUGCCACCCCAAAGUUUACCGAUCUCGGAGGUGACGAGGGCAUUUGCGAUACACACGGAGAAACGGUUAGCAAACGCAGAAGGAUCCAGGCUAGAGGAGGCCAUGGUAGAUGAAACAAAGUGGCAUCAGCAGCGGAAAGACAGUUUUGCUCAAUACUUAGACGAAACCUGGAGCGAGGAGGUUGCAGAACUUCAAAGCCAUCGGCAGCAACUUGAUGCUCUUGUCCGAAAGUUUCAAAGCUAUCUGCCAGAAGACCUCAAAGACAAAGCUACAAACCCCAAAUCUUUCCGAGCGGUGCACAAAGUUGUUGAGAAGGUUGGUUCACGCUGGAAGCAAAAGACCGAGGUCGACAAGUUUGUGAAGGCAAGACAGUUACUCCGCAAAGUCGGAAGCACUAUUGACAGUCACUCCAAUGUCCUGAAAGUGCUACCCUCAGGAAACGACUAUGCGGCACCGUUCCUUGGGGCCAUUACAGUUUUCAUUAAGGCUUCUUCUAACUACGAAGUAAUCUCCGAAAGCUUUGCUCAAGCCAUGACUGAGAUCAACGACAGUGUAACCACGGUAUAUGAAGAAGUCCUCGCAUACAAAGACGAGAUCCAGAUCCAACACCUAGUGAUCCGGUUGUAUUGCCAGAUCUUUACAUUUUUGAUCAAGGCCAUGGAGUGGUACACAGACAAAUGGUACAAACGAGCCCAGCGAAGCCUGAAUGAGAACCUCUACAGCCAAUAUCAAACAAUACUUCAGGAGAUCCGCAGGCUUGCCGAAAUGAUACAUAAAAGAACAGUCAACAGAAAGCUCGCAGACCUGGCUGCAGCAGAAGUGACCACACAAGAGGAGCUAAAAUUCUUGAUCUCGCUGCAACAACAUGACAGGAACAAUAAUAUGAUGAGACAAGAAGGUUACUUCGAGAGGUUGAGUGUCGCGAUAAGGAACGAGUUCAAGGAUCUGAUACAAGAGAAAAGAGACGUCGUCCAAGAAAACAUUAUGCAUGGUCUCGAGCUAAAGUCGAAAACCGCCAUGUACAUUGCAGGUGCGACGAUCACUAAACAUCUUGAAAAUGGUGUCACUGCAUGGAGCAGCCUACCGACAAGCCCAAUCCCAAUUUGCGACGAGCCUACCGACUUCAACGAUAACGAAGCCCUAAAAAAUAGCCCUCAUCUUGCUUAUACGAAGCAAGAGGUCAUGCUGCACGCCGCAUCCUUAGCCGAUUACUUCGACGACACGAAAGUCUCGCCCUUCUUCCCGUCCGACGAAGCUCCCGCUUUCCUUGCCGACCCCAACAUUGUGUACCGACUGAGAUCUCACACCGUGUCCUCCACUUCAGUUAUUCUUCACAUAUGCGGCGUUCCGGAGCUAGCAGAAGAAACACAGUCCGCCCGCAUCGCCUCUCGCUAUGCCACCGCCACUCGGAAAGUGGGUAUCGCUGUGGUGUCUUACUUCUGCACCCUUUCCCGCGAUGAGGUACCGACAGGGCGGACGGCAGAGACAAUAGAGCUCGUGUCCCUAAUGUAUGCGCUUAUCCGGCAGCUUGUGGAGCUGCUUCCGGAGAAAGAAGCGGGCGAGCGAAGAUUCGGUGAUGGGUUUGGUGUGGAAAGAUUUGCGAGACUCGACGGAACACUGCUGACAUGGAACGAUGCGUUGCAGCUGUUGGAGGAUUUGUUGGAGGUCAACGAUGAGCCGUUACUGUACUUCGUUAUCAGCGAUCUCAAUGUCUUGGAUGAUGUCUCAAGGCAUAGCACGACAAACGCGCUCCGGGACUUGAUUCUGCUCCUACAGAAGCAAGCGCAGAUGGAGAGAAUGGAUAGGCGAACCAUAAAGCUGCUGUUCAUGACAGCCGGGGAAUCAGCGGCGUUGAACGAGGUGUUCGAUAGCGCGGACGCUAUCAGGACAGCAUCAUCGGGUCUGGCAAAGAGUCUUUUGUUAUAACCUGUUACUUUUUUUCUUUCCAUCUGCUGUUUCACAGUUGAUGUAGGCUCUUUCGGAGUAUUAGGAUACACCCAUAGCGUAGCAGGAACGUAUGUGAGAAUCUUUCAGCUUUCUGCGUACACCACAGACAACAAUCCUGAAAGUAUCCGUGACGCUCAUAUGUCUCCCGGGACCACCUUGCCGGUGUCCAAUGUAACCUCAGACCCUUCAGCUCUCAAUGUAUCGCGUUGUUCGUGAACGGUCGGGUCGUUCGACAUGACGGACUGGCUGUCUCGGGCUGUGGGAGCGACUGAUAUCUGCGACAGGCGCUGGCAAAGGGUUUGAGACAGGGUAAUACAAGAAGAUCGUAGCUGGAAUGCUUUAAAAGUGGAGGUGGGCGGC